GGAGAUGGGUUUAAGAUUAGCAUUAGUUUUGCGGUUGGCCAUCAUCAUUUGUACAGCUUUCGUAUGUUUCCCCAUUGUUUCCACCCAGAUGGACUGGGCCGAUGAUGAUGAGGAUCCGGUGUCGACAGCGAGUGUUGAGGCAGUUCUGGGAAAAACCGCCUCACUCCCAUGCGACAUCGAGCCCGAGGCGAGGGAUGAUAGGGUGUACAUGGUGCUGUGGUUCAGAGAAAGUGCCGGAAAACCUCUCUACAGCUACGAUGUCCGCGGCAGGCCUUUGACCAAAGCUCUCUACUGGUCAGAUACAAAUUCCUUUGGCCCUCGAGCAUAUUUUGUCACAGUCUCCAACCCAGCCGGCCUCAGUGUAGACAACGUCCAGCUCGACGACGAAGGGGUUUAUCGAUGUCGAGUGGACUUUCAGAAUUCACCCACGAGAAAUCAUCGAAUAAAUCUCACGGUGAUAGUUCCACCACAUCAGAUUCUCGUGUACGAUGCUUCCGGACGUGAUGUGGCUGGCGCUGUGGGUCCACUGCUCGAGGGCGACAAUCUCAUUCUCACAUGCGAAGUGCGAGGCGGUCGGCCCGAGCCCAGCGUCGCGUGGUACAACGGCGUGAUGCCCCUGUCAACCGGCACGGGCAUCUCGAUGGGGCGCCACGUGACGGUGAACCGCCUGGAGAUCAACCAUGUGAGCCGAGACGCCCUCAACAAUACUUACAAGUGUCAGGCGUCCAACACUAAACUCGUGCCACCCGCCGAACGGAGUGUCCGGUUGGAAAUGCUGUUAAAACCACUAACCGUAAACAUAUCGGAAAAGCCAAGACAGCUCGUAUCGGAGGUGGAGUACAGCUUACGGUGUGAUGUCAAUGGCUCCAUUCCUGACACAGAAGUCAAAUGGAUGCAGAACAAUCGACUCUUUAAGCGUGGGAAGAUAAAUCAGAUGACAAACUCGAGCGUUGCAACGUCUCAGCUCACCUUUCGCCCAGCUCCAGAGGACGAUGGCACAAUUCUCAAGUGCGAAGGCUCCAAUCCACGCCUCCCAAAUUCUGCCCUCGAGGACUCCAUGGUGAUGAACAUAAUGUAUGCACCGCAAGUGAAUUUAUCCCUGGGAUCAACGCUAAAUCCUGACGACAUUAAGGAAGGAGACGACGUGUACUUUGAAUGCCACAUAAAAGCCAAUCCCAAGGAGCACCGCAUAACUUGGUCACACGAUGGAAAUCCAGUGGUGCAGAACGUAACAUGGGGUGUAAUAAUUUCUACACGUUCACUCGUUCUUCAGCAUGUGGCGCGAUAUCACGCAGGUCAAUACACAUGUGCUGCAGCCAAUGAUCGUGGAGAGACGCAAAGUUCACCUGUCACCCUGCGGAUCCACUAUUCUCCGGUGUGUUCGGCACUAAAUGCUGGCAUUGUUGGAGCCUCUCUGGAGGAAUCUGUCACCAUUCCGUGUCGUGUUAGUGCAGAUCCUCCCAUUGUGGACUUCGAAUGGACCUUCUCCAGCAGCGGAGAGCGCUUCGAGGUGCCGCCUGGACACUAUGUCACAAUGCAAGACACCCAAUCAAUGGGUCACGGCGAUUCGUCGCACACGGAAAUGGACGUGCGAAACUCCAUUGAAACUGUUAGUGAGCUGGUGUACACGCCGAAGAAUGAAAGGGAUUAUGGUACUCUUGCAUGCUGGGGGAGAAAUUCAAUUGGGAAGCAGACAGAACCAUGCAUUUUUCAAGUUGUUCCUGCAGCCAAACCAUCGCCGCUGAGAAACUGUACGUUGCGCUCGUAUCUGAUGUCGUCGCAGCAGCAAAUGAUGAGCCCGGGCAAUUCGACCACUCUGCACGGUGGCCAGAAUCACCGAGAGAGCAAUUACAUCAACACGCAGUAUGUUCGGGAUCGGGCAGCGCCGGGUGGGGCCAGGAGGACGCAUCAGUCUGAUAGAUUUAAUCAAAAGAACCUCACGGCGCCGCGGAGGCGCGACCAGGAGGGCGGCAAGAGGGCCAAAUUGAAUUUGCCGAGCGGCAGCUCAAGGGCUGACGAUAGGAGAAUGUCGAAGAGGCAGUCGGGCGGGGGCGGCGCAGCAAAUGCCACGGAUGAGAAGGUCAGGAGCUCAGGCGUGACAUCCACGGUGAGCAGCGAGCCGGGGGUGCAGUUUCUCAAGUCUGAGGCGCGGAUCCCCGUGGAGCCCGGGGGUGAGCUGACGCCGUCCAUGUCGGCAUUCGAAACGGCUCCCACCGCUAUGGAGCUGGAGUGUGUGGCUGGCUAUGACGGUGGCUUACCGCAAUUUUUCAUCCUCGAGGCUUAUGAUUCCCGGACAAAAAAGCUCCGAUUAAAUGUUUCAAGUGCCUUUGUCGACAUACCGCUGUUCAGGAUAGACCUGGCAGAUCUCACCCCAUCGGAUUCUGCAUACAUUGAUUCAGCCCCCAUGCUCCAUCUUGUCGCAUACAGUGUAAAUCAGAAGGGACGCUCAGAAGCCACUGUGCUGGAAGACAUUGCCAUAAAUGAGGCGGAAAAGAGAACAGAUGGCUCCGGAGGAUUGUCCGUGCUGCCCGUGGCCGCGCUGCUGACGGGCGCCCUGUUCACCAUCGGCAUCGCCGUGCUGCUCGUGGUCGUGCUGACGGUGCGGAAGCGCCGGGAGCCGUCGACGGUGUGCGACGGGAAGGAGAAGCACUUGGGCAUGGAUAACACUGUGACGACACCACUGGAGAUGGGAGUUGGUCAACAGAGAUUUGUUGUGGCUUACACGCUCAAGCAGGGUGUGGAGAAGCAACCGGAUAUCCUCAGUGCACAGAAAGGGACGUCUGAUGGGGGCGUGAGAGACUCGAGCUUGCUCGGGUCACCGGCUGCAAUUCGUCCCGAAGGUCUCUUCAUGAAGCACAAGGAGAGCAAUCAUCUCAAUUACAUAUCACCCACGUACUCGUGCCAAGAUUUCGAGCAGAAGCCGGCGAAUCAUCAGCCCGCCGGCCAGAUGGAGAGCCUCGUGAGUUACGCCACAUUGAGGCCAUCGGCCUACGGAGCCAGCAGCUCCUCGGCGAUGGACUACACCAUCCAGCAGCCGCCACUCUACACAGCCAUCAGCGACUCCGGCGGAGGCGUGCAGUACACGUCGAGUGCCCAGAACGGCCUCCUGCCCAUCAACGGCUCACCGGGCGGCGCCGCCGAGGAGCCCACGCGGCCGGAAUACCUCCACUUUGAGCGCUCCACGCUCGACUACCAGCGCAUCUACACCGAGGCGGAGGAUGCGGACAAGGUGGCCAACAGCAAAGCCCUCCACGGCGCCGGACAGGACUUCCGGCACGCCGACUUCACCGCCAAUGCCACAGAAUUGUCCACAAGCGUGGGAAAUCACCUGGGCGCGAAGAUGCCACGAGUCAACUCCUCCUCACUGCCCAAGAAUCGCAACACGAGGAACCAUAUCAUCACAGACACACUCCCUGGACCAGAAAGUUGCGUCUAAGGACUCAACUUACAUCACACACACACAUAACCAAAAACGCAGUCAGAAUAUCGUCACAGCGACCACAUAUUUCACACCCUCAGCGAGUCACAGAAAAUGCGUCACUAUUUUUUCUUCGACUCAAGACUGUGCGCCGCCAUUAGUUGGAAGAAAGAAAAGAAACACUUUUUACCAAAGAGAAGCAUAAAAGAGUGGAAGAGAGUGAAUUUUAUCAAAUAUGUAAACAAAAUAUAGGAACAAAAAUAAAUAUUUAUGAUAAUAAAUUUAACCCAUCGGAUAGGCGCAAUAUGUGCAGAAAAUAUUGCAAAUUGAGGGUGAAAGCGACAAGAAAAAAAAAACUUCCUGUUGAUUUUAGCGCGAGAUAAAUUUUAGGCAGAAAAAAAAACUGAGAAAGAAAGAGAAAUAAAGCGUGUAAAUAUUUUGUAAAUACGAUUAAUAUUUUGGGCCUAUUCGAGAAGAUUCAUCAAGAGAGAGAGAGAGAAAAAGGAUACUCAAGAACAAACAUCGAAAGAAAUUUUCAUCCAAAAAAAAAUGUGUGAAACUCGAAGAAACCUAAUGAAAGAAAGAAAGUGGUGAAGAGUAGUAUUAAGUACAUGUUUAUAAGUAAGCGAGUGAAGAUUUGAUAUUAAAGAGAAUUCAUGAAAUGAUUAAAGGAAGACACAAAAAAGGAAAAGAACUUGCGAAGAAUGUGCAAAAAGAAUGGAAUAAAACUCAAUGAAGAAACAAUAACGAAAUAGAAUUCUCAUUUCUGAACUGAUUAUAAGGAGACAUAAAAAAGAAAAAAAAAACUUGAACAGUUAAUAGAUGAUAAAAGAAAAAGGAUGAAGAUUGUAUUGUAAAAAUCCUGCUUUCCAGCUCCAUGUGAUAGCAAACAAUCUAAAAAUGAUGCGUAAAUAGACGUGUUUUGUCAUA